AUGACCCCAAUAUUCAGCAUCUUCGCUCUCGUGGCAUCCUUCACCUUCGUUGCGGGCCUCCCGAGCGGUGAACCCCAAAGUCUACCAUCCAUCUUCGAGCGCCAAGGUGCUGGCCGACGUUCCACGGAGCUCGUUGGUAACGGCAACCCGCACCAGAACUUCAAGAAUGUGCAGAUUACCGGCACACUAAGAUGUGACUCAGCAGAGACCUGCACAAAAGUCCACGCCGAGGGAGAGAGCGUCAAUGUGGGAUUCGAAGCUGGCGUCACGCCAGUGUCCUGGAUCAAUGGCGGCUUCUCCGUGUCUAAGAGCUUCAGCACCGAGCAGGCAUCCGAGUGUCAGGCAGUCAGAGGGCAAGCUGUCUGCGUCUGGCAGCGAAUCGCGUACACUGCUUACACCGUCCGAAAUGUUCGAUGCUCGACGAAUGGUUGCUUCAAAGACGGCGAACCAUACGUGAUCAAAUCUCCCAACAAGGGUCAAACAGAAGACUACUGCGUCGUCAACGCAUGCCGCGGUAUUGGCCAAGGCUACUGGGAGAAAACCUCUAUUGCAGGCGGUCCAUAA